AUGAACCAGAGGGAAGAAGCCAAGGAGAUGUUAGCAGAUACUCCAGCUUGUGUCUUCCCCUUUGUUUUUGAUGGGAAAUCCUACACUUCAUGCACCAAGGAUGGAACUGUUGAUGAGAAGCUGUGGUGUGCCACAACUGACAAUUAUGAUACAGACAGCAAGUGGAAAUAUUGUUCUCUUGAAGAAUAUGGAGGAAACUCCGAUGGCAAGCCUUGUGUUUUCCCCUUUGUGUACAAGAAACGAACAUUCUACACCUGUACGGAUGAGAGCAGAGAAAAGGGGAAAUUCUGGUGUUCUACCACAAGCAAUUUUGACCUGGAGCCUCAAUGGAGCUACUGUGCUGACACUCGACUAGAUGCAAAUCCCAAGGGGCCUUGUGUCUUUCCUUUCAUCUACAAUGGCACUUCGUACUCCUCAUGCACAACAGAUGGGUUUUCUAACAAGAAGCUUUGGUGCUCUCUCACCAGUGACUAUGGGCCAAGCUACAAGUGA